AUGGGACCUUAUUUAUCCACCCCAAAAACUGAAAAGCGCACCUCCACAGGAGAAAGCCAACGCAUGCGAUUCGCUACAUCAGAUAUGCAAGGGUGGAGAGUAACAAUGGAAGACGCCAGAAUCGUUAAUCUACAAUUAGAUGCAAACACUGCAUUAUUUGGUGUUUAUGAUGGUCAUGGUGGUCCAGAAGUUGCUGAAUUCGUAACAAGACAUCUAUGUCAAGAGCUUCUACAGAACCAAGCAUAUCGUGAAGGCCGCUUGGACGACGCUCUAAGGCAAUCUUACUUGCGAAUGGAUGAACUUCAACAAACCCCAGAUGGGAUCAGAGAACUUAUUAGAAUUUCCAGAGAUUUGCCUGACUCAACUCCAGUCAACAUCAAUGAUAACCAAGUCCAAGCUGGCUGCACUGCAGUGUCAGCGUUAAUCAGAGGCAAUGAAAUAUAUGUAGCCAAUGCUGGAGAUUCACGCUGUGUUCUUAGCAGAGGGGGUCUUGCUGUAGAACUCUCUAUGGAUCAUAAGCCAGACCUACCAGAAGAGUUGGAAAGAAUUAGGAGAGCUGGAGGAACAGUAGAGGAAGGAAGAGUUAUGGGAAACCUUAACUUGAGCAGAUCAAUAGGGGAUCUGGAGUAUAAGAAAAAUAACAGCAUUCCUCAGAAGGACCAAAUGAUUACAGCUUAUCCUGAUAUAAGGAGAGAAUUAUUGACGCCGAAUGAUGAAUUUAUUAUACUUGCAUGUGAUGGAGUUUGGGAUAUGCUGACUAGCCAACAGUGUGUUGAUUUUGUAAGACAAAGAAUUGGAAGCAAGAGCUUGAGUGCAAUUGUGGAGGAAAUGCUGGAUAGAUGUCUUUCACCAGAAAUCGGGGCUAAUGCAGGACUUGGGUGUGAUAAUAUGACAGCAGUUAUAGUCCAAUUUAAACAUCCUCUCAACUAG